CACCCACGCAAGAACGAUUGUUAUUUGAAAACAAAAGCAAACAAUGUCAUUAUAUCGCUGGGCGCAAUCUCUGCGUCUAAUGUUUUUGCGAUAAUUUCAAAACGUUUCGAUUAGGGCUGGUUGAAGCAUGUCGACGGGCAAAAACAUCUGGCAAGCAGCGGCCACCGGUGACCCGAUUGAACUCCAGCACUGUCUGCAUCAGAGAUCGAUCAAAAACCGUGUCGUUAAGGUUGGACACUUACGGGACAAUCACAACUGGACCCUGCUGCACCAUGCAGUGGCCAGCGGGAAUUUGGAGUGUGUCGAGCUUAUGGUGUCCAAAACAGAUGUGGAUGUUAGUGCACGGUGCUACGAAGGACGAACGGCACUUUUUGUGGCCUGCAUGAAAGAGGUACCAAUUGAGAUAGCGGAAUUACUCCUGGCGAAAGAUGCCACCAUCGUCAAUGUGUCCAGCAACGAGUUCGUUACGCCUCUACAUGUAGCCGUGGAACGGCGGAACUUGAGCCUGGUUGAAUUACUCGUUGGAAAUAAUGCGAACGUGAAUGCUCCGGAUUUUGCAGGCGAAACGCCACUGCACUCGGCAUUGGAAUAUGGAACCGUAGAAAUUUUAAUACAUUUGCUCUAUGUGGGUCACGCAGACGCAAAUGUACGAUCGGAAAACGACGUUGAUGCGUUGGAGAUGCUAUCAGCACGUGGCAAUUACGAUCUCAAGACUAAAAUUGCCUGCUUCAUACUUCUAUUCAAUUACAUGUACCGGAAACAGGAGUAUAAUCAAAAGUACCGAAUGGAGGACAUCUACUCGGUGGCACUUCUCAGUUAUCGUUCGACCUCACUCAUUCCUUAUUUCGUUGAUGUUGCAUUACAAUGGGAACCAAAUCCCGACAAACGUCGAUUAGCCAGAGAACUACUUGAAGGUCCUCGUGUUCAGUACCAGACUAGUAGUAACCGCUCAUUGGUGAACAAGAAUCUUUACCAUUUCCUUGCCCUGCUACUGUCGGAUGAUGAAGGCAUACGACGAUUACAGGAUGACUUCAUGAACUACGAAGUGAUCUACAGUCAUUCGCUGAUACAAAACGAAUUAGUGGCCCUCAGUGUUGCUGCAAUCCGUGAAGACGAAAACACACUUCGAAUGCUGCUCGAGUAUCUGGACUUUGUUAAACACUUGGUCUAUUUUUUCUCCGAUCAUCUGGCCGAAACGUUGGACAUGAUCAAGAACGUGCUGAUGAACAACGAAGCGGACCAGAACGAACCGAUAGGUGCGUCAGAGCUGGACCGAUACGAGAAGGUCGUUAGCAAAAUAAUCGAAAUAACCUCGGUGGAGGCAGAUACGGUUCUCCUCGCGAUGACCUGCUCGGCCAGUGAUUUGCACUUGCAGGCCAAAUUCUUCUACCCUGUGGUGACUUUCUGCACCGAUGUGUUCAUGGACGAACGGUGGCUAGCCGGCGGUAAUCUGGAAAAGGCGAUGUACCAGAAACUGCUGCACAAAUACGGCACACUUGGGCUGGUUCAGAGAAGUUGUGGCGAUGCCAUCUUCCGAUUCGAGGAGUUUUCUCUGUUGCGGCAGGCACGGGAUGUGGUGCGUAAAGCGAUUCUCAGUUCCAUCGACGAGGACGAGAAGAAACGGGACUUGAUUUUCAUUCACCGUUUGAACACGUUGGAGCUGCCGCGGGAUUUGAUCCGAUACUUGCGUUAUAUGUGAGUGUUUCGAAUUUAUGCUUUCCUUUGUUUUCCGGUAUAUGAACGUUGAAAUAAAUAUAAUGAAUUAAGCGAAUCGGCACAAUUUAAAAA